AUGAUUCGAUUUCAUGACACGAGGUUUUUCAGGUCGGCUGCCAGCGACAUCUCAUCGGAUUUGGGAACCCGGAUCGUCGUUACUGGACCAUCGACAGAGGAUUUCAGUCCCUCAUUUCAAAUCCACACUUCUCCUCCGCCAGAUGUACAUCUGGCUCCAGUCAUGCCACCGAUCGAUGCAUCAAGCUAUUCAAGCGUCGAGAACAGUGACAUCACGUCGCUUACUGUGGCAAACGCUUCAUCUACUUCUCAAAUCCAAGAACUUCCGGAGAUACCAAGCGCGCCUCUAUUCUCCGACGGCGAGCUUAGCUCAGGCUUACUACCGUUGACGGACCAUUCCUCGGCCAAUUACAAUGCGUCGUUAUCUUUCUUUGAACCACGUAAAUCCCAAUCAGGGAAGAAAGGGAAAGGACGAAAAGAUACUAAAUAUCAGAACAAGAUUGUGCAGACCUACACGCCACCAGCUGGUCCUUAUAUCGAAGAUCCUCAGAAGGAAACGGCUCUUUUCCGGCCACCGGUCAAGGAACCUUCCGUAUAAACGACCUCAGGGAACAAGCAAGCUGUCAUACGUAUCUCUACCUUUCUCGAUCUCCAUUCCAUGGUGCGCAGUCGAAGUCCUUUCACAGGCGGUUUGGUCCUCUUCUAUAGUUGUCUUUUCUUGCUAAAA